CCCCUCGACUGAAAGGUCCGUUCAAAUGGAAGAAAUUUGAGAAAUACUGUGAGCUAAGAGGAAAACCCUCAAAGAAAAUUGUACGCUACAUGGACAAACGAACCCUUCCGCUUAAAGCCUUGCUGUCUAAAUAAGGUUUAGCUGAUUUGCGACCUUGAAAUAUAUUCACCUCUUUAAGUACGUGUGACCUUCACAGAAAGGGGCAUUUUUAAUAGUCUUUUUGUAAUUCAUUCCCUAAUUGAUAAAUUUAAUCACUUCUAAACCCCUAUCGAAAUUUGCUACGGAGCUAAUAGAAAAGCCCUAGAAAAACCUGUCGUUUUGUAAUGACUACCCUCUCGUCGUCGACUGUGUUUCAUAAGGAACCAGCGGGCCUGUUAUCCUUUGCAGAGGAGUUUAAUAUUAUUACCAUUGUUGCCGUUUCCUUCCUAUCGAGAGGGCCGCCCUCUAUAGAGUGCCGAGGCAGGAAACAAUUAGAAAAGAAGAAUGGAAAGUUAGACGAUAGAGGAAUAAAUACCACACGCCUCGUGAAGAAGACUAGUUCUAACGCCAACAAGGAGGAGCACAACAAGCUUUUAUUUAUUCAAGAAAGCACAAAGAGAUGUGGUGUGCUGUGGAGUUCUUCUGUCUGCUGGUGUCGAGCGGUUUUCUACUCGCCUCUGGAACUACCUGCACCACAUGCACUUGUUGUAGCAACGAGGGGGCGGCGUGCAUGACCCAGUGCGACACACCCAAACUCUGCUAUGAAUGCGUUAUACAAGCAGACCUUUGCAAAGGAGCUCUUGGCUGUACGAGAAAACGAGAAAUUGGACGAUAUAGCAAGAUUUUCAGCAAAUACAGGGGAAGUUUAUUUCAAUUCCUCAGACGAAAGAGAUAACGAGAGGAAAAAAUGAAAUUUCAAUAACGCAAUUCGGAGACUCUAAGCUCAGCACUGCUGGUGGAUAACAUUCGUUAUUUGUAAAAAAAAAUAUUCAUUAAGAAAAAUAUUUUUGAUUAUCUAAUGAAAAGAAUAUAUAUAAAUGAUGUAUAUUUAUGAAAGUUAUUUAUUUAGGGAUAUAUUAAAUUCUGAGACCAUUCUU